AUGACCACAGAAAAAAAAAAACUGCCCCGCUGCCUACUCGAUACAUUGGAAUGAUUUAGACGACACGAAGGAACCUCCCCUAGCCAACCGCCAAAAUGCUAACAGUCACAACCAGAGUCGCGGGGGUGCCGGCGUCCCCCUCAUCCGACGCUGCCGCCGUAAAACCCAUCUCCGCAACGAACUCCCCCUUCCCACUUGAGCUCACAAAUCGGCGUCGCCUCCUUCAUGCGGCGGUCUCCCUCUCUGCCGCGGCGAUAACCCUGACUCUUCCCGCGCAAAUCGCCGAAGCCCGCGGCCUCUUUCAGAUGCCACCGUUUCGUCUCAUCAAUCGGUGCUUCCUGUCUCGUAAAUAUAAUCCCCUUACGUUAAAUUCUUUAAUUCAUCUCUUUCUUCCCAUCAAUGCGUUAACUGGGUGUUGCGAUUGAAACAGAUACUACUUGGUAAGAGCUGGGGAAUCUGAAUAUGAGGACAUGGGGAUAAUCAACACGAAUCCUGUUGCCAAAACAUCCGUCGAUAACGGUCUUUCGGAGAAGGGGAAAAAACAGACUGUGAAAGCUGCUCUUAAACUGAAGGCCAUGGGAGCUUGUGACGAUGGCUGCUGGAUUUGGCCGUCUAUUACCCAGAGGGCCUACCAGGCCGCUGAAGUCAUAGCUGCAGUUAAUGGAAUCAGUAGGAGCUAUAUAGUUCCUGAGUAUAGCUUCUUGGAUGCUCGUGGGUUGGGAGGUUAUGAAGGCAGGAGCUUGGAAGUUGUCUCUGAGGUGUAUGCAUCAGAUACUGUUUCCCCAAGAAACAAGCCUCCUCCGAUAGACGAUGGGACACCGAGUGAGAGUGUCGAGGAUGUGUUUGUUCGCGUCACUCAACUCAUGUCGAUUCUGGAGACCCAGUAUUCUGGAGAGACAGUCAUAAUUGUGUCUCCCGAUUCUGACAAUUUAACAGUCUUGCAAGCUGGUUUAGUUGGUCUUGACCUUCGAAGGCAUCAUGAACUCUCUUUUGAGCCUGGGGAAGUUCGAUUUGUCGAUAUCAACAGUAUACCUGCGUAUAAGCAGCCUGCAUCUGCUGUAUAUAAAUGUCUAAACCCACCAAGUUGUACCUAAGAUUCCAACUGUGCGUUGAUUGAAGAGUUACAACUAGUAGCACGUUAUGCCAUCUUGUACCCAUAAUCAAUUCUGGUAUAUAUGCAUUCCUUGCAAAUUGUACAUGCUGCAUAAUUGACAUUGUGGUCUAUGUUCAAAUCUAAAAUCCUGUCAUGGGUGCUGUUAAAUGAGAAGAGGAGGCAUCUGUCACUUCGUCUCAUCUUUCUUUAAA